AGAGCAGAUGAGGCUCCAGCUCCCCACCUCACAGCUCAUCGUCUUCCCUUCUGCAGGAGUGCUGAAUCCUCAGGAACUUCUCACUACACACCAUCCUCUCUGCUCUGCAGAGCACCUCCAUUCACUGUCUGAAAAAGACACGAGGAGAAGUUUCCAGGAAGUGCUCCCGAAAGUGUCAAAAGCUGUGCAGCAAAGACAGUUCACUGAGCAGGGAGCUGCUCAUCAAGGAGGGGCCUUCCAAGUCUGCCAUCCGGGAGAUGCUACCCCAGAGAGCCCACAAGAAGUGGCAGCAGGCGCAGGGCCUGGAAAGGAGGAAGCAAUGAGGACCCCGUUGGAUUAAGGCCACACUUUCUUCCCAAGAAAAACUGCGUCAAACGGUUAAACUCUCCUCAUAUAGAAAUUUUACCACCUUCUUCAGUGGCACAAAGUUCUGUCCUGUGGUCAAACUAACUGCUUCUCGCCAUGGAAGUCCCCAGGCUGCCUCCUAACCAUGGAUAGUGGAGCUCAUUAUUGGGCAAAGUCUGUUCAACAGAAAUUCUCUUUAGUUCUUGAUCUUUUUGCCAAGGGAGUGAAUUAGACCUGAGACUUCCUUGUUCAGCCCAGGUGCCAUCCUGGCCAGUGCUAUGUGCCACUUGCAUGGACAGUAGCUGUGCAUCCCAUCACACUGCAGGGGACAGCUGCUGGGGGGCCUGGGCCUUCUCUCAGCGGCAGUGAUCCUGGAAUGGCCUGGUGGCACAGUUGCAGGUCAGCGUCAGCAUUCCAAGCACAUCACUGGAAUCGGGGUAAACUCCUGGGAACCAUAACCUGCUCUCGAUUUUCUGAGCAUGACCAGUCUGGGGUUGUUGAUGAGGGUCUGCAGCAGGAGCCACCUCGUCCUGGACCUGGCU